AUGCCUAUCGAAGCUGCUCCCGGGACCGUGGGCAACCUUACCCCAGAACAAGAGGUGAAGCUCCAAGAGUUCUGGAUCCUCUUGUUCAAAGUGUUCGGUAUUCAAUUAGAAGGCAUUGAAGAAAGCGAACAGCGGCCUCCAAGCCCUGUUCAAGAAAAGAAGGCGGCGCCCAAACGACGGUUCGGAUUCUGGGGAGGAGGCUCCCAAGAGAAGGAGGAGCCCGCCACCGCCGACAGUGCCGCAACUGGAAUUGCGGGCCUCACCAUCACCGAUGGAGACGACAAGUUUGGGACGUCAAAAGAGUUUCAGAAGGCGCUGGCUGAGAUGAAACCCGAAGAUAUCCGGAUCGCGUUCUGGAGCAUGGUUAAGCAGGACAACCCUGACAGUUUGCUCUUGCGCUUCCUGCGUGCUCGGAAGUGGGAUACGAAGAAAGCUCUCAUGAUGUUGAUUGCAACCAUCCGUUGGAGAUUGCUUGAGGCGAAAGUGGACGAUGAUAUCAUGAUCCACGGUGAGCAUCUUGCUCUGGAGCAAAUUGAAAACGGUACUCCGGCCGAGAAAACAAAAGCGGAGGAAUUUCUGAAACAAUUCCGCUUGGGCAAGAGUUUCCUUCACGGUGUCGACAAAUCAGGCCGCCCUAUUUGCGUCGUUCGAGUCCGUCUGCACCGCGCUGGCGAUCAGAGUACCGACGCUUUGGACCGAUUUACGAUUUUCACGAUUGAGUCUGCCCGGAUGAUGUUGGCACCUCCCGUUGAAACAGCUUGCAUCAUCUUCGACAUGACCGAUUUUACACUUGCAAACAUGGACUAUCACCCUGUGAAGUUCAUGAUCAAGUGCUUUGAGGCUAAUUACCCCGAGUCUCUCGGAGUUGUGCUUAUUCACAAGGCUCCCUGGAUCUUCUCUAGCAUCUGGAGUAUAAUCAAGGGAUGGCUCGACCCUGUCGUUGCUGCGAAGAUUCAGUUCACAAAGAACCGCCAAGAUCUGGAGCAAUUCAUCCCAAAAGAGCGCCUUAUCAAAGAACUUGAAGGCGACGAGGACUGGGAGUACAAGUACGCCGAGGUCAAGCCUGGCGAGAACGAGAAGAUGAAGGAUACCGCAAAGCGGGACGAACUAGUCGCCCAGCGACAGACACUCGCUAAGGAAGUCCAAGAUUCUACCAUCGCCUGGAUCACUGCCGCCAAGAAGAGAGAUGAGGCAGCAACCAAGGAUGCUGCCAAUAAGAGAAAGGAUCUUAUUGAGCGUCUGCGCGUCCAGUACUGGCAAAUGGACCCGUAUGUCCGCUGCACCAACCUUUACGACAGAUGGAACAUCGUCCAGGGCGGCGGCAAGGUUAACUUCUACCCACCCGAAGCUGGGUCAACGAAGGAAAAUGAGAAAGUCGGGGCGAACGAGACACCCGCUGAUGGCGCGACUGAGGUGAAGGCCUAG